UAGUACAACGCAGAAUGCAUGUCAUUCAGUGAGAAAUAGUGACAGUAGUUGUGCCGUGACUGAAAUAUUAAACGGUGUCGCAGUAUUGAUAAAUAAUUCGCGAUGUUUAAAAUCGACUAUCGUUCCCGAGACAAUCUUCCAGAAUUAACGAUCAAAUUAAUCGGAUCCUUCAGUAUUGACGGUGAUUUACAAUAUCACGCCGAUUUGCGGCAACUAAAAUAUUACAUUCCUCCUACGGAUCCUAACAAUCUAUCUUAUGAUCUUGAUUAUAAUGCCGAGUAUACCAAUUACAAACCCGGUACAUAUAUAAAAUUGGACGAUAUAUUAAGAUGGAUUUCGGACAAUUUUACUCAGCUUUCAAAACCAUCAAGACCAUUAUCAACGAAUGAAGGACAUUGGUUGGAUGUAGACUUCGUUUGCCGUCGUGGUGCUUUAAGAACAAUAUUCUGUAGCCCGUACAAUAAAUUUAAAGGAUGGAUUAUUUGUGCUAGUAAAUAUCGUGGUACGAUAUACUUAUGUCAAUUUUAUAUAGAUGAAAACCAGCAUGCUAAUGAAUCACAGGAUAAACUGUAUUCACGCGGAUUUAAGUUUGAACAAUACAUGGUAGCAGAUCACCCAUCACACAAGCCAGAUUUAUCGGUGCCUCUUAAUGAAUGUGAAGAAUUUCGUUGUGUGUUUAAAACAAAAUUUGGCAAUCAUUCAUUAUUAUAUGGGGCAGAAAUAGACGGCAUUUGUUCAAAACAGCCAAUAAAGGAUACACUUGUUGGCAAAACGGAUAAAUUCCACCUCAUCGAAUUGAAAACGCUACCAUUGUAUGGUAAAAAUACUAACUUGAAUGGCAAACUUCCUGCUAACAGGGUAAUAGGAUGGUGGAGCCAGAAUUACUUGGCGGGAAUAGACAAAACUAUAUGCGGAUUCAAAAACAAAAGUAUAGUGAAGAUGAUAAGGGAAUAUCCUACGCAAAUCUUACCUCAACUUUCCAAAGUUAAAUGCGAUGUUAAUGACUGCAAAAUGUUCUGCAAAAUAUUCCUAGACUAUGUCAAAAAUAUUGUCGUUAAGGACCAUAGCGAAUGCAUGUACAAAUUCCAUUGGGACCCGUCCACCAAUAACAUUGUGCAUUACAGCGAGGAACGCCCCAAUCAUGAAUUGUACUUCUUUUUGAAGCCAUGGUUCAUAGAUGCAAUGGAAAAUACAGAAAGUAGUUCCUUGUCAGUGUAAACAUUUAAGGUCAAGAGUCAAGACAUCCGAAGGAAGAUAAGGAUAUCUAUAUUGCAACAAGAGUACAAGAUACGAUUGAACAUGAUUCAUCAAUAUUUUUGAACAAACGCAACGUCAACACUCGGCGGGUCUGAAUGUGCAAGAAAACUGGAGUUAAUGUUAAGAACAUUAGCCCAUAUUUUUAUUUGUAUCCUUUAUUACGAGAGCGUAUCUCAUUUAUGAGGUACUUUAGAAGACUAUUGCUCGCGAACAACUACUGUAAUGACAAUAAUUUUCCAGAAAAAUUUCGUACACCGGU